AUACAGGCGAAGCGCGAGCUGUUCUUCAAAGGCGACAGCACGGGCAUUAUCUCUUCGCCUUCAGUGCCAACAGUUCCACCACCUCAACCACCAGGACAGGGAGCAUCGUCGUUAACAACAACUAGUAGUAAUACAACGACUAGUAUCAGUACGACGACAAGUAACAACAGUGGCACCACGACGCUCGUUAAUUCGACUAGUACAAACGUCAACAGUAGCAAUAACAAUAACAACAACAACAGUACAUCGAUCCAAUCGACAUCUUCCAUAUCCUCCUCCUCGUCUUUGAGCACGACGGCUAACAUUUACACUGGUGUCAGCGCGAGUCAUGCGAGUCAUGGGACGAGCAGCUCUGUACCACCAACGGCGAAGAUGCGUUUGCCUCUCUCUUCCUCCUCUUCAUCGACGACCUCAUCCAACAAUCCCAACCAUACCUCGGCCUCGUCUCUGAUCCUCAAUCAAAACGAUUCAUCAGAAGAUAGUAACAAAAGGGAUUCGUCGAGGAGCAACGAGUCUAAGGAUUCAUCAUUGAACUCUAUACUUCACCGGCCACUUCAACCGUUAACAAAAUCGAAGGAACUCGAUGGUUACGUUGGCUUCGCCAAUUUACCUAACCAGGUGUAUAGAAAGGCCGUUAAGAAAGGAUUCGACUUUACCAUCAUGGUCGUUGGUCGAUCCGGGUUAGGAAAGUCAACUUUUAUAAACUCCAUGUUUUUGGCUGAUAUAUACAGCGCGGAAUAUCCAGGUCCCAGUUUGAGGGUAAAGAAAACAGUAGCUGUCGAGACAACCAAGGUGUUGUUGAAAGAAAAUGGGGUAAAUCUUACACUGACAGUGGUCGAUACGCCUGGAUUUGGCGAUGCGAUCGACAAUAGUAAUUGUUGGGUUCCAGUUAUAGAAUACAUUGAGUCAAAAUAUGAGGAGUUCUUGAAUGCAGAGUCUCGUGUAACGAGACGGCAAAUACCCGACAGUCGAGUACACUGUUGUCUUUAUUUCAUUGCGCCCUCGGGUCACGACCUGACGCCGCUCGAUGUAGAGUUCAUGCAACGCCUUCACGACAAAGUCAAUAUAAUACCUGUAAUCGCUAAAGCAGACACGAUGACUCCUGACGAGCGUGCUUAUUUUAAAAAGAAAAUAUUAAAUGAAAUCGCACAACACAAAAUCAAAAUUUAUGAAUUCCCAGAAGAAGAAUACGAAGAGGAUAGCAAAUACGAUAAAGUUUUAAGGGAUAGAGUUCCCUUUGCGGUUGUCGGUGCGAAUACUGUAGUAGAACACGAUGGGAAAAAAGUACGUGGAAGAAAUUAUCCAUGGGGUAUUGCCGAAGUUGAGAAUUUAGAGCAUUGCGACUUCAUAGCUUUGCGAGAUAUGAUCAUUCGUACGCACCUACAAGAUUUACAAGACGUUACGAAUAAUAUUCAUUACGAGAACUUCCGAUGUCGGACUUUAGCUGGUCUCGGUGUAGAUGGCAAACCGACUAAAAUAUCAAAUAAUUUGUGCCCACCAGGAGUGAUGAACAGUUUCAUGACAGUGUGGAAUCCUUUGGCUCAAUUGGAGGAAGAGAAAAGAGAACACGAUAAUAAAAUGAAAAAGAUGGAAAUUGAAAUGGAACAAGUGUUCGAAAUGAAAGUUCGCGAAAAGAAACAAAAACUUAAAGAUUCGGAAGCCGAUUUACAGAGACGGCAUGAACAAAUGCGACGUUCUUUAGAGCAACAAAUUCGCGAAUUAGAAGAGAAAAGACGCGCAUUCGAAACAGAAAAACUAGCAUGGGAACAACAGACCGGUCACAGUAUUGAAGAAUUGCGUAGGCGCAGUUUAGAAGCCAACUCAAAAGAGACGGGAUCGGUGUCGUCCGAGGGAUCCGGAGGUGGAGGGGGUACGUUGAAGGGUUCCCGAGGGAUAGGAAGUCUUCUUCGCCGUCAUACCAGUUUCAAAUCACCUCAAGAGAGCCACACACAGAUACAGCUUGUCAUACAGCAUCCUGAUUAAACAAACAAAUAAUACAAGCAAAAAAAA